CAGAGUGGGAGUGGGGGAGGUGAAGACAGCUGGGCAAACUGCAUCUCCACCAGGCUGUUUCCCUUCCUCCUCGGGUUUUCUCAGCUGGAGUUAUUCAGCAAAGCCCACUCCGGGUGCCUCUGAAGCCCCUUCGCGACUCCCAGGUGAGCCGGCUGCGGCACUGGCGGCCAGGCUGCUGGCCCUCCCUUGGCCUCUCUAGAGCAGCCCCAGCGCAGGACAUGUCAGUCUGCAACAGCCCGGGGGGCCCCGCUGCCCUGGACUUUCCCGAAGUCCUGAAGUCCCUGCUGGAGUACUCCUUACCCUGGACCAACAAAAUGACAGAUAAAGAGAAGAAGAUAAAGCUUGAGGAAGAUGAGGCGGCAGCUGCCAGCACUAUGGCAGUCUCAGCUUCCCUCAUGCCACCUAUCUGGGACAAAACUAUUCCUUACGAUGGAGAGUCUUUCCACCUGGAGUACAUGGAUCUGGAUGAAUUUCUCCUAGAGAAUGGAAUUCCUUCCAGCCCUACUCACCUGGAUUUGAACCAGAAUCCGCUCAUGCCUGUGGCUAAGCUGGAAGAAAAGGAGCCAGCCAGUGCUUCCACUGGUUCUCCUGUGUCUUCGUCAUCUACUGCGGUCUACCAGCAAUCUGAAGCAGCCUCCAGCACAGAAUCCCCACCGCAAAAUGAGAGAAAUACACCCAGCCCCAUUGAUCCUGACUGUGUAGAAGUUGAGGUGAAUUUUAACCCUGACCCUGCUGAUUUAGUGCUGUCCAGUGUGCCUGGUGGUGAGCUUUUCAAUCCUCGCAAGCACAAGUUUACUGAAGAGGACCUGAAACCACAACCAAUGAUUAAAAAAGCAAAGAAGGUUUUUGUCCCAGAUGAGCAAAAGGAUGAAAAAUACUGGACAAGGAGAAAGAAGAACAAUGUGGCAGCAAAGCGUUCCCGUGAUGCUCGACGAUUAAAGGAGAAUCAGAUCACGAUUCGGGCAGCCUUCCUUGAGAAAGAGAAUACGGCCCUGAGGACGGAGGUUGCAGAGCUGCGCAAGGAAGUGGGGCGAUGCAAGAACAUUGUUUCUAAAUACGAGACCAGAUACGGACCCUUGUAAGCACACCCCUUUUCCUUGUUAGGGCUCCUUGUUUUAGCCUCUUAGACUUCUCUGCCUUCUGUAGAGACUCUCAGAAAUAAAGUUGGUGGAGGCUUUGCCAUUUUGCAUCUAUUAAAAAAAAAAAAAAAUGUUGGCACAAUAUUCAGACACUUUUCCUGAUUAUCAUGUUGCCCAAAACCCUAGUGUCCAUAUUUACAACUUUAGCACUAAUAGAGCACUUUCUGAUGUCAUAUGAAAGAACAGAUUGUCCUGUCCAAAGGAAUAUGUAUGGAUUCCUUGUGACUGGACAGACCUUUUGCUUUCUGUUCUAAUCUUCUAAUCUCCCUUUUUUAAAUGGAGGAAAAAAAAAAAAAAAAGCAAAGACCAGAGUCCCCUAGGCUCUUUUCUUUUUCUUUCUUUUUUUUUAAAGAAACUCCUACUCUUUUGUACCUGUGUGCCACCUCCCUGCCCCAGUCAAAUCGUAAAACAUAAUUUUAAGAUGUUGCUGUGCAGCAUCGUGAAGUUUUCCUCUCCCAUUUAGAGGCACUAGAAAGCACUCUCUUCCUGUUGAAGAGGAACAGGGAAUCUUUAGGACAGGGAAAUAUUCAAUCUCUUGUGGAAACUGAGAUCUCUACCUUAAGCAUUAUGAAAACUACAAUCAGUGCAGUGUUGAUAAAAUACUGCUCAAACCUCUUGAUAGGCUCUAAUUUUGGAUAGCUUCCAGGAGCCUAGAAUAGAAAGCAGUAGGGGAUCUCUAACUGUACAGAUGACUACAGAAUAGUUUGAUGUGGGUUUUAUGCUGUAAUCCUACCACCACCCCUCCUUUUUUGUCCCCUAAGGAGACACUACUUUCUUGAAUUGCUGAUGAAGCAGCAUAUUCAUUGUAACUGAGGAGUAAGGGAGAUAGUGUCACUUAGAAAAAGAGGUCUGCCUCCUUACGCUGAAUUUGAGGCCCAUCUAUUAAGGAAUUGCUUUUAAAAUUUUUACAAACAAAACAUCUUCUUCCAAAGCAUGAGAAACAGAGAAACCAGCCACUGUUACUUUGUUGCACCUUACCUGUUGUACAAAGAUUUUGUUUGGGUUUUUUUUGUUGUUGUUUUGGUCCUUUGCCUCCUGAAUAUUCUAUGGAACAAGCUACCAAUAGUACACCUCCAUAUCUCUUGUGUAGCAAUGUAUCUGGACUUUCUGUGCCCUCUGCUGGUUCUCUCUCUAGCAUGCUUCUUGAUAGAAAAUUAAUAUACAAAACUUGCCCUCUUGAAAAUAAUCCAUUCUCAGCACCAAGUGCUGCCUCAACAGUAUGUGCUGCUAAAAGAGAAAUAUGUUGCGUGUGAUGUUGGGACCUUCUCCAUGACCUCCAACUGCGAGAACCAGAAGCUUUAACAGAAGUAUUUGUCUGGAAGUUCCCUUCUAGACAAGAGGAGCUAUCUUAAGAUAGCAGCUAUGUCAGAACUUCUAAGCUAUGUUUCCUGGGCUAAUGCUUCUGUUAGGGAGUAAACGAGGUAGAAAAUGUUGAGGAUAGUUUCGUUUCCCUCUUGAAAUCUGAAAAGAAUGUUGAGGGAAAUGAAACAGAGGUUCUUUUCUGUACUAAAGACUUUGUGCCUAGCUUGUCUUUUAAACAUAAUGGAGGAAUUAGUAUGAAUUUAAACCAAUUGUGUGUCGACUUCUUAAGGAAGUGGAGAAGCAGGGUAAUCCAGUACAGUUAAAGUAAAUGUACGCUUUGAUCUCUCUCCCCCUCUUUUAUGUUCUAAUUUGACCAGAAUGUCUCUUCAUACCUCAUACCGUGUUGGUCUGAUUUCUUUCAAACAUGCUAAAAAUUGUCACCCUUUCUGCAGGGGAUUUGCGUUCACAGGGUGGUGUGUGGUGGUGGUGAUGGUGGGAAGUAUAUUAUAAAUAAAUUGUCACACUUAACACUUUGCUUUGUUUAAAGUGACUUAUCUGAUUCCGAGUGAUGCAACUUUAAAGACUUUUAAAAACAAAGAAACUAAAAAGCACACAUGAAUCGCCAGUCUUCAGAGUGAGCAGUGAAAUCUUUGAGGUGUCCCAACACAACUGACGAUGACCCUGCCUGCCUGCUUGCCUGCAAGUACCCCAUCUGAACUACCCAGGGCUGGGCAUGAUGAAAAGUGCAAAGUCUCCUUAAUUCUGUAUAUGGCUUUCUUAUCUGUCUUUCUCACUGUAACUAUGAACUACGAUAAGCUUACUUACUGGGGUUUCGUCGAGAUGCUCAAAGUUCAUGUUUCGAAGUCUGUUGACAGCCUGUGUGAGUAGUGACUGUUUUGGCACUCGAGUGGAAGAAAAUAGAGAGAUUUAAAUGGAAGUGUCUGUAUAUAUUAAGAACUGCUAUAUUUUAAAACUUCUUUCCCCUGCAGUAGAAUAAGUUGUACCUAAUGCUGCAGCUCGCUUCUGGUACAGCAUAGUAUCUUGUGGAGUAUUGUGAGUACAGAAUCAAAGACACCAGGAAAUCAGCAGUUUGUGAUGUGUAAGGCUUCCGGUGCAGAGUAAUACAGCAGAUGUAUUGAAGCAAUCCAGAAAGCGCCCUAGUGUGCUAUACGAAGACUUGUAAUAACUAUCUAUCAAACAACCUGUGUAACACAAAAACACUGCUGUAACCUCUGCCUUUUCUUUUUUUUCAAGGCUUGCAUUCUUUAAUGGUAUCUCGCUGAAACGAGGUCUAUUCUGUUACGAGUUAGCAGUUGUGGACAAGGUGCUAGUCUGAUCCCCAUGCCUUUGGCAGUUUAAGACUACCAAGUGAGUAUUAGUGCCAGCAAAACAAUGGCUGUGAGCUGCUAUACUGCAGUUUUCUCUCUCUUGACUACGUGAGAACUGCAGUGGCAAAAGAGUACUUAAUCUGUUUGACAAAUCUGAAACAGCUAAUGACUUUGCAGAGGUACAGUGGACACCUUAAGUACCAAGACCCUUCCUUGUGCUGGUGUGGGAGAGUAGGUGAAAGCUUAGGCAGACUGUGGGGAUGUUUAUUGUGUGCAGAGGAUGGGGAAAGUAGGUGGAAGUUCAUUUGUAAUAGCUUCAUCAGCCAAACAAGAGUCUACCUUUAUGUUGAGGAAGGUUAAGAGCUAUACUUAAGUGGGAAGAACAAGUACUUACUUUCUGGGAAAGUAGCACAGAGCUGUGCUGAAGCCUGUAAGACAGGAGUGAAUGUUUGGUGUAUUUGUGCCUGGAGAGGGAUGAACAGCACACACCUCAAGAGAAAUAAUCUGAAAAGCUUUCAGAAGCACAAGUGCCUGAGUUACAAGGCACAGCUAGUUACCAGCAAAGCCUGACACAAUAUUGAGCAAGUAUUCUGAGUUAGCAUUUAUCCAAGAGAUACCACUCUUCAGAGCAGAAAGGCAAAGAGAAAAAGAUGCAAGGCAGCACAUAGUGUUGUACCUUCACUUAAAAAAUAGAAAUUAAAAUCCAGAGUUUGUAACUAUUUUUUUUUGAAGGCGUAACCUUUAUAAAGGGCAGGUACAUUAAAUGUGCUUAUUGACCUGUUACUUGUAAAGGAUCAUGUUCUGGAGUGGAGAAAGUACUUUUUAACUUUCGCUAGUUACAAAAUUUUACUGAGUGCACAAUCAUAGUUUGUGAUUCUGAGGUGGUCUCUGAGUAUCCUCAGAUGGAUGAAUAGCUUAGCUCUGCGUUGCUGAAAUGUCAGCAUAUAUCACUACCCAUAGCAAAUAUUGCAGAUUUGAAUGGGUAUUUUUGGUAUGUGCUGUUUUUUUUUUCUUUAUUUUGGUGAUACUGACAGCAUGUAAAUAUAGCAACUCUUUUUCCAUUUAUCAUUUCUACAUUUUCAGUUGGCUUUGGCUAUUCUUGAAAGUCAUGCUUCCUGCUUUAAUCAAAGAAUAUUGUAACCGGGCAAGGAGUUGCUAUCCUUCAUUGGGUCUUGUUGUCUUACUGCUUUAGGAGCAUGUUUUAAAUGCCUAUCCAUUGUAUACAGAACUUGGUUUUGCAGUAUGCCACGCUAUUUUAACAGCAAAAUAGUGAGAAUAGUCUGUGCAAUUCUAUUUCUUCCUGUCGUAUCAGAAGUUUAUACAAUGGAAACUAACAGUGAAUGAUACGUUUUUUUUUCUCUUUCAGAGAAGACUGUUAGUAAAUUCAUGUGCUUCCCUGUAGAAUAGCGCGUAUCUGCACAUCCUGUUUCAUUUGUGUUGCAAAACUGGAAAAUCACACUUCAGGAUAAAUGUAGCUGAUCUUCUAUAGUUGGAGAUCUUUUUGUUAAGAAUCAACAUCUUCAAAGGUAGAUGAGAAGGUAAUAACUACGAAAGGAGUGUACGCAUUGCCAGACAGCAAAGUGAUGUGCAGUGCUGAUUUCCUUUCACAGUUUUUGCCAUCUCAGGAAGUUGAGCUUACUGCUUUGGAGCGUUGUGCUCCUUUCAGAAAGAUCAACUUACCAUCUUGUUUCUUUGAUAAGGAUGACUAUCCUAUUUGUAAGUGAUAGCUUGGAUUCAUUUUCCAUAGCGAUCAGAAGACCAAUAUUCUUUGAGCUCAGUCUGUGUGUUAAAAGAUGCUGAAUUGACGCUGUUAGUGUCUGAAGUUCUCUAACCUUGGAAUGUGCUACGCAGAGGCUGUAAGUGUGCCUAAUGCCAGUAUACCCCAUUGCAUCCAUAAAGGGACCAUCUCCAAGGGGAGGGGAUAAAGGGAGUGAGUGCAUCUUGGAGCAUCACUGCAGGGAUUGCCAUUAAGGGGAGUGGUUUUUGACAGCUCUACAUUCAUGAAGAAAUAGAUUGAAAUCAAACAGCCAUUGCACAGCACUAGCUUUCAAGGCGCAUAAACUGUUGAUAUCGGCAAUCGACUGUUGUCUUACUCUACAGAAAAAUUGGCAAUGAAUAAGUGAUGUACAAAACUUAUUGCAGUACUGCUUUUGUACACGGCCUUCUAAUCCACACAGUUACAUUUCCAUGUAGUGAUGCAUUUUGGUACUUAAAAAGUCCCUAGAACUUUAUUCUUUCACCUGUUGCCAAGAUCUGCUCCCAGUGAAGCCAGUAACAAAGAUCUCGUUAACUUGUGUAGGAAAAAGUCUUUGUUCUGAUGUGGUGGGCAUCAAGCUUUAAGCAAGCUCUGGAGCCGUGGGUGUAUUUGCGUUGCUCUGGAGCACUCUGUGCUGGGAUCAGGUGGAUGUAUCUUUGAUUGCAGGUGUCAUGUUGAUAAACGGAUCCUUUCACUUAUUUGUUCACACAAUUUUGAUGUUCAAACUGUCUGAAAUCCUUCCCCUCCCUCCCCCGCCCCUGCAUGGACAGGGUAAAAAACGUACUAUAAACUUGUGCUGGGAGAAGGAAUGGUUUUUGUUGUGGCUUUUUCUUGUUUAGUUGUUUCUUUUCUUAGAGAAGAAUGUUAUGUGGCUUUCUCCAGUUCUUUUGGUAACGUUUUAUGUAAUUUCUGACAAUUUUCCUUUUCCCUGCUGUGCUUUUUGAAAGCCCAGGGUAUUACAGCUGUCAAAAUCACUUUCAGUGUUAUCUGCAGGAUUGCUACUGAUUUUCACAAAUGUGUUUCAGGUUGAGGGGUGUAGUGGAAGGCCAGCAGUAACAACUCAAUAAAACAUUGUGUGGGAAUUUUUUUUUUUUGCAAAAAUAAUGGACUUGCACAGAAGAGAAUAUUGCUGCUUCAGCCAUGUAAGCCUCUUCAGGAUAACAUGGCUUUGUUCCUUGUGAUCGGAUGCCUUCAUUUUUAGUGAGAGUGAAGGUAUCUUGCGCCCUUUAAAACCCAGAUAGGAUUUAAUUUGUCCUUUCUGUUUUAGCUGAUAAGCAGAAGAUAAGAAAUGCAAAUUUAUCUUAAUGCAUAAAUCUUUUUGUUUCUUAGUAAUCUACAUCUAAAUCCUAAAGCAGCAAAAUAAAUUUGUCGGUGCUGUUGUUUUUGCCUUUGCAGUACUGCAAGAUACUGGCUAGCUUUCUAGAUUUUCAGCUAAUUACUCUGAUCUGUAUAGCUGCCACUGUAACAGGGCAAAGAUGGAUAAAUUCAUGACAAAAGAUUGGGAAGGUAGAAAGAGUAAGCUUAGCUUCUGUGGAGAUGCUAACGUAAUGCUAAUUGAAAAACUGCAAUGAUUUAAUUCUCGAUAACGCAGAUUUGUUGUACAAAAUGUUAAUUUUUAGCUUGAGAGUAUGCUGUCCCCUAGUAAGACCCUUCUGGAAUGCAGAUUUCUUCAAGUGGAAGCAGCAGCAGGGGAAAGAGAAUGCUUUGAGGAAGGCACAUAUGUAGAUAAACAUAAAAAUGCCUGACAAGUAAAGCAGAAAAUGAAAGUGGGGAAAACAGAGUACCACAAGGUGCUGACCCAAAUUAGACUGCUGAAACCGAAGCCUCGCUGUUUACAUUCUACAGCGGUUUGGAUCCCCAUCCUACAGAAGAUUGUUUAGGUUUUAGGAAACUUGUUUAGGUUUUGGAAUCUCCUUUUCUUGAUCUCGUGUCCACAGUUCAGAAUGAAGUGAAAGGAAUAUAGAGAUGGGGGGGAGAGAGUUACCGCAGAAAGGCAUGAACAAAUAGCUACUGCUUGAACUGAGUGUGCUGUUGUGCCCAGACUUGACCUGCCCAUGUGAACUGAUAGUGCUGUGUCAUGAAGAAAUUACUAUCUUAGGCCCCAAUGUUUUAAGACCUCGGUUCUGCGUGGGAUGAGCCCUGUGUCUGUAGAGAACCGCGUGGACUUCACAGGAUCUGUUUUUGAGUGUGAAGCUCUGCCCAGGCGGUCGGCUGCAGAACUGUGUCCUUAACACCACCAGUUGUAGCUAUAAGGCUGUUUGUAUUCAGUGUAAUUUGGGUGCCUGUUACAUAGCCAAAACCCUUGUUACGUCAUUUUCCCAACUAAGGCAUGAGCAGAAGCCCUUUGCUGUACAACACCUGUAAAAAUGUACUUCACAUACAUCUAGUAAAUUAAGGCAUGUGAUUUUUGGUCUGUGGGUCUCAACAAACUUUGCUCGUGUACCUGCCUGAAUGUUUCCUUAGAUCUGCAGCUGUGUCUCAGCAAGAAGGUAUGCCGGCAUUUGUUUUCCCCAGGGAGCACAAUAGCAGCUCUUAUCUGUCACGCUGCAGGUGACCGCUUGCUGCUGGCCAGGACCGUGGAAGGAUGCAUCCUCUGCACUUUUAUGUGAAGUUGUCUCAAAUAUGGUGAUUAACAUGACUAUUGAAAUACUGUAUUUUGUAUAACUUAGAACGUGUAAAUACACUUUUAAAACUGAUCUGUUCUAUGAAGUAAUAAAUAAGUGCUUCCAUUGUAAUUCCUGAAUAUUGUUAAUGCUUCAUGUAGCUUGAUUUGGGACUAUUUUUUUUUUUCCUAGAGAACUACAGAAAUCAAAACCAAGAUUGAUGUUGUGGAAUUCUAGUCUAGUUGUGAUGCUUUCUAUCAAGACAAAAUGUUUAAAAAAAAAAAAUGAGCUACUUAAGCAGAGAAACUGAGAAUUGGAGGGAACUGAUUCUUUUCCAGUCUUUCUUUAUUAACGGUAGUCACCGAUGACACUAGUAACUGUAUUCUUCCCACCCCAUUAGCUGAGCAAUUAAUGUUGUUGUUUGUGAGUAGCACUUGAAAAGUGGCAAUGUUAAACAAUUCAUAACACUUAGUGAUUGAGGAAAAUGAAAGGGUGUUGUUUUUUUUUUUUUAACUGUUCUCUCUUUUGGCUUGAACAGAUCUGUCUCCAGCCUUCAGCCAGACUGCAGCAAGUUGCAGUGAAACAAUGAGUGGCUGUUACUGAAGCUUGUUUGUAACCUAGAUAGCCUACAUCUCUAUUAGAUGCAUUACGUACAUAGAUGACAUGGGUACCCUGUCUUGGUUUUGGAGAGGGAAAGUAAUUAACAAGUUGAGGUUUUGCUGGAUGCUGCACAGCUGGAACUCAUCAGCUUUCACCACCUGUUCUAUCUUGUGUUAAAAGAGAAACAGCGAUGGAGUGAGAUGGAUUGAUGGUUGGACUAGAUGAUUUUACAGGUCCCUUCCAACCUUAAUGAUUCCAAUCACAAGCAGUCCGUUAAGAAACACCAACACUUGUUUUAUGAGGGGGUGCGGAGACCGGUCCGUUGGUCUUCAGCUAGGAGAUCAGCCUGUGAUAAGAACCUCUCCAGCCAUAAAAUAACUUCUUUGUCUUCGAUGCUGUCCUGGAACAGUCUUUAUCUGGUAUCAGCUGCUUCUGUAGUGUUCCAUAAACAACAAAGCUACAGCAUCUUUUGUAGCGAGCACAGAUGAUCUCUUCUUCCACCCCCCACCCAUGUCUCUAGGCUAUAAAAUAGCUAAGCAUAUGUGCAGGGUGUUCAGAAAAUUCUGUUCUUGUAAGGCUUUUUCAGAGACAUUCAGUUUGAACUAAAUAGCUAGAGGGAACUCCUAUCUACUAUAUUUGGCCUAAAAUCCUGUUUCCUCUUGGAUAUAAAUAUUUUAUUUGGCUUUGUAUGUGGCACUGAUCUGUCCCAGCCAUUCGAUGGGAUGGAUGAUAAAUCUGCCCAGUAUUUAUAUGAGAGACAGAUGAACCUUAGUUUUACGACGUGCUAAGUUGUCUAAUCUCUUGGAUGCCUACUCCUUGAGGUUGUCUAAAUAAUUCCUGUAAACGUAGCUGCUUUUCAGAGCAGUCCGUGAAGUGCAUUUGAGAUCAUUCUGGCUGAAAGAUUCUAUAGAAACAAAAGAAAUAAUGAGGAUUGUGUAGUGGCUGGGUAAAGCUGUAUCGCCAUAAAUGGUUUUAAUUUAUAGAUGAAUCUUCUGUCCCAAACCACUUAUUUUGUACAUAAACCUACACACUCUUGGCAGCUGAUAGGGGAAAAUAAAGGUGCUUAAACAGCAAUCAAAUGAAGAAAGGGCAUUUCACUGUUGCAGAGUUGGUAUUAUUUUAUAUUUCCAUUUAUUACACUUUUUAAAUUGUAUAAACCACAGAUUUGAAUUCUCAAAGUCUUCAGCUUGGAUUUUGUGAGUAGUUUCAAUCCUCUCACCUCUCUGCUCAUAACUGGUUUUUAAGAAAAAUAAAAGCUUUUGUUUAAAAUGUAAAAUUUUGACUGUAUUAAAUUCUGUUAGUACCCUUCCUUUUUAAGAAAUAAAAAGUAUAUUCCACUA